AUGGUUCAUAAAACCCCAAUGAAGAAUAGAGGAAGAGGAAGAGUUACCCGGCCCGGAGGAAGCCCGGGGCCCUCAUCUGGAUCCAGGCCCAGACGGAGGGCCCAUCAGCGAGCGCCUGGUGGCCGGGCUUGCCACGGAGCCCAGCCGGGUACGACUUGGAUGCAGGAGAUUGUGCCUCUGAUCAUGAGUGGAGGAGAUCCAGCCUCUGUUGAGACUCUUCUUCAGUGGAGACGUGUUCCCUGGCUGGAACUGGACGAGACCUCCAUCCUUAACCUUGAACAGAGGCCGUCUCCACGCAUACUUUGUACACACUUCCAGUACAACAUGAUGCCUCCAUCUUUCUUUGAAGUUAAGCCAAAGGUCAUCUAUGUGAUGAGGAACCCCAAAGAUGUGUUUACAUCUUCCUUUCACUAUUGUGGGAUGGCAUCCUACCUGGUCAACCCAGGCCCACAGGGAGAGUUCCUCCACAAGUUCCUCGAUGGAAAAGUUAUGUUUGGCUCGUGGUUUGAUCAUGUAAAGGGCUGGCUGAAUGCUGAAGAUAAAGAGCGCAUAAUGCACAUCUCCUAUGAAGAGAUGAAAAUGGAAUUGCUGGAGACUGGAAAAAUCUUCUAA